AUGUCUCAUCAUCCACAAGGAGGACUUGUUGGCACACCAUCCUCUUCAUCUGCCUCUACUCAUUCGAGUGUUGCUUUUGGAACACCCACUACAAAUAAUGGCCAACCAACAUCAACUCAAAAUGCACCACCACCUCCAUCCUCAACUGCAGCUUCCUCAUCACAAUAUUUAAAUAGUCAUCACAAUGAUCCUAACCGAAGACACUCCUUUGAGAAUGGAUCACUCUCAGGCUACAAUGAGAUGCAACACUAUUUACACCACCGAACAGCCUCCUCAAUUCCCUUCCAACAACCCAAUUCUCCAAUACAAUAUACAAAAUUCAAUUCACCUUCCAAUACUAAUAAUAAUGCAAAUCAAUCUCCUCGAGUGAUUACAUCAUCAACCAACUUUGGAUCACCUACAACAAAUCUAUUCUCAUCACCUUCCUCUGUGACCACUCCAAGAAAUAGUCUCAAUUUUACAUCAUCUGCUGGUACUCCAAGUAAUAAUUAUUUGAGUGGAGGAAGUGCACCUACUUCCUCUGCAAAUGGAGGAGAUUCCGAUGAUAUCAUGUUACUCAUGAUGGAUCCAACCUUCCUGAAUGGCAUUACUCAUACUUCCAAUAAUUUGAGAUCAUCACUUACCUAUGUAAAGGAUCAAACAAAGAAUGCUCCUAAAAGUUUAUUCAUUCAAAAUAUAAUUCAUGAUCUAGUUGAGGAAUUGACAAGUAUAAUUAAAAAGGAUAAUAUUGUUCUCAAUAAUCAACAUCAUUCAUCAAUGAAUAUUAUUUAUAAUCACUUAACAUCGAUGAGUGGCUCUGAUUCGAGCUCAUCAAAUUUGACAAGUGCUACUAAUACUACUUCCAAUGGACCAAACAUGAGUGGUUCUGGUAUUGGUGGUGGCGGUGGCAAUGCUACUACUGGUAGUGGUCUCAAUAGUUCCUUUAAUGGGGCUAGUAGUAGUGUAAAUUCAACAACAACUAAUUCAUCAUCAACAUUUAUGGAAAGUGAUGAUGAUUUAAGACAAGUCUUCAUUGAAAUCAUCUAA